AUGGCUACGCAAGAUGGACCGCAGGAGGAUGUGUACGCUACACUUCUUCUAAGCGACACAUAUUUACCUGGUGCUUUGGUGCUUGCGCACUCCCUACGAGAUGCUGGUACAACCAAGAAGCUGGCCGCCCUGGUCACUACGGAUACCGUAGCGCCCGAAAUCAUAACAGAGCUCCAGACCGUCUACGACUAUAUCAUUCCGGUUGACACAAUACGCAAUACCCAAACGGCAAAUCUUCACCUGAUGAACCGAGCCGACUUGCACUCUGCCUUUACCAAGAUCAACUUGUGGAAGCAGACCCAAUUCCGAAAGAUCGUGUAUAUCGAUGCUGAUGUCGUUGCCUACCGAGCUCCGGACGAGCUCUUUGCGUUGGAUCACCCAUUCUCCGCGGCUCCCGAUAUUGGCUGGCCGGAUCUCUUCAACACUGGUGUCAUGGCUCUAACUCCUAACCUGGGCGACUACCAUGCCAUGUUGGCAAUGGCCGAGAGGAGCAUCUCCUUCGACGGCGCCGACCAGGGUCUUAUCAACAUGCACUUCAAGAACAACCACAACCGCCUCAGCUUCGCCUACAAUGUCACCCCGUCAGGCCACUACCAGUAUGUCCCUGCUUAUCGCCAUUUCCAAUCUGGCAUUAGCAUGGUUCAUUUCAUCGGCGCCGACAAGCCGUGGUUCAGAGGGAGAGGCGCCAGCACUGGAAGUUCGCCCUAUGACGAAAUGUCUGGGAGAUGGUGGGCUGUUUAUGACCGACAUUACCGUGGAUCUACCACAUCGGAGCUCGUGCAAUUCCUUACCAAGGGAGAAUACCAAUCCAACGGUACCACUAAAAAUGCGUACAUCCAGGGGCAUAGGCAAAACGGGAAUUCAUUCCACUCUAGCACGUCAAGCUGGGACGCUCAGAGACAUGCUCCCCCACAAAAUUCCCGACCGGAAGCUAUGAACUUCCCCUCUACUGUAUAUCAUAUGUCUCAAGAUACUACUCAGUGGGUCGCACCAAAGUGGUAUGAACCUCCUAGGGAGCCUGGUGCGCCCCCUAUGAAACAUAUAUUCCCUUGGGAGACUCAACGAACAGCGCCUUCUCGCGUGUUCGCCGAAGAUUAUCCCCAGGAACCCGAAGAGGAGGAGGAACCUGAAGAAGAAGAAGAGGAGGAGUUCGAAGAGGAACAUCUGUCUAGUGGCGCACAAACACCUACGGGUGGACCAUGGAACGCGCCUUCUGUUACAGAUGCAUCCACGGAUGACCAGAGGAGCGAGCUGGUCACACCGACCACGCCAACUAUUCAUAUCACACCUGCCACUUGGACCUCGUUUACGAUGACCAAUGCCUGGGACGAUGUACCUGAAAUUGAACGCUAUGUUGAUAAGAUACAAAGGCACAAGCAAAAGCCGAGCCUCAAAUCUCCUCCUAGCGCGGUAUUGUUCCAGGAUAAUGCUCAACAGCCUGAGAUUACUCGUCGCAGGCGAGGAAGCAAGGUUACCGACUUCCCCAGCGAAGCUGAGCGUCCUAGCUUGCCAGUCACUCCAGCGCCCAUCCGCGGACAGAAAUCAUGGGAUAGCGAUAAUGACAACCCGAUGCUCCCGGCCGCACACGGUGUGCCGGCGCAGUCUGAAUGGGACCCUGCAGCCAAGCUACAGGAGUUGUCUGAGUGGCAUAACUCACUACUGCAAAAACUUGGUGAUGGCAAAGACAGUAGUGAAUUACAUUCUGCUCACGCUACUCACGCCGCGCAACCGGCCACGCUCGUGAGCCCGCAGCCAGUGAAGGCUGGUGCCAAUUCGAGUGCAAUUCAUAGCCUCGAGUCUAACUUGGAAGCGUUACCUCGAAUCAUUACGACCGGAAAUCGUAAUUCGAGAGGCGUAACACCCAUACCGGCGCCUAGCUACUCGGGUCCUGGCCCCGCGUUCGAGAAGGGCGAGAAUAUGCCGCUAGAGUUAUCGGCCGGGCAGUAG